CAGUUCAGUUUGAGGAUCAUGAAAUUCUUGACCGUAUUUGCAUUCGCCUGUGGCAUCGUUAUUCUGUUAGUGGCAACAUUUGUGGUGCUCCACGGCGCCUACGGCUCACCACUGCCGGAGCCCAUUCCCGAUCCGAGUCCGGUGGCCGAUCCGAGUCCGGCUGCCAAUCCCAGUCCAGUUGCCGAUCCGAAGCCCGUUGCCGAGCCAUCUGCCAAUCCAGGGACCGGAACCAACGCAGAACCAGGUCCGAGGAGCAAACCGAAUCCCAGUCCCUCGGCACCAGCAACUCUUUUGGAAGCCAAUAAGCAAGACAACUUUGCGGUUCCGCUCCUAGAAACUGCUCCGCAAAAGCUGGAUGAUGUUCAGGCCGAUCCCCAGCCGGCUUAGUGGGUGCAUGACCCCACAUCAAGGAGCAGCAGCAGCAGCUUAAUCCAACUGGAGCCUGCACACCCACACACAAGGGAGACACGCACACAUAUAUAUAUUAAUCUUCUGUAUUCAAUGUAUGCAUUUAUGUAUUCCAACUUCUAGCAUGGGCAUUAAUAAAAUUGCAAAAAAAAU